AUGUCUAUCCCUGGCACCUCAGAUCUCAUGGAUGCGCCGCCUCCGCCGCUGCCUCCUCCUCGAUUUCUGCCUGACGUCAGCGAGCACCAUGACGAGCAUCGAGGAUCCUACCAUAGAGAGCCUUCAUCCUACAGCCCUCGAGAAUACGGACACAGUGCUGUUGGAAGCUUCACAGGUGAUCGGCUGGGACAUAAGAGGCGGGAGAGCGGCGCAGGAUCCAAGGGUGACAGGGACGAAGGGUAUGCCAGUCUUUCGUCUGCAGGUUCCAUCAGGUCGGCGGAACACACACUUCCCAGCCUUGCCACAGGCUUUGGCCAGCUUCACAACCAGUUCCAGUUGGAAUCUGGUGCCGACGCUCUUAUGGACAUGAAGAAGAAGCUUGAUCCCAUCAAGACUCUGGGAAAUCGCUCCCCACCUGGAAGGUCGCUACUCAGCGCGUCAGUUCACGAGUCCUUCUCCCGUCAAGCGCCACCAGAGGGCAGGCUCCCGGCACUGUCACUGCCGAACACGUCCAACUUGCCGUUCCACAUCAAGUCUAGCAUGCUCGAUUCGCCCGACCGCUUCACGCAAACGCCAAUGUACUCGGCAGUCUCACCAAGGAGCCAGCCCUUUCCGGUUCAUGGACUUGCAGGAGGCCAUCUGGAUGCCGAGCGAUCGCCCCCCCACAGGUCGCGCAGAAUCAACAGCGAUGAUGCGUCGACGCAAGGAAGCCAUGAGGCUGAAGACAUGGAGAUUUCGGAAACCUCGUCAUUGAAGAGGCUCCGCAUUGAAGAUCCGAUGCGCUUCGACUCGAUGGAACUCCAGAUGUCCGGCACCAAGCGAAGGGCUUCCUCACCUCUCGGCGAUGACUCGAAGAUGAGUGGUGCUCUGAGCCAGAGCGACCUCCUGCGGCGCAGGGACAUGCCAUCACGAGGCUCGCCCACCCCACGCCUCAGCACCAUUCCUCAAGGCUCGGUAUCGUCCGUCUCAUCCACGGGACGCACGGGUUCCUUCAACUCGGGGUUGUCGCUGGUCACGGGCGACAGCAUGUUCUCCAGCCUCACCUCGCAUGGCCAUCUGUCGCCGGGCGGCCUCUCGCCGGGCGGUCUAUCGCCCAUUGCUACUGAUCAUAGUUGUAGUUCGCCGUACAGCACGCCCAUGUCGCUGAACCCGUCUCCGAGGGGAUCGAUAUCCCGAGUCCCAAACCAACACCAGCACCAACGAAACCUGAGCGACGGUCGGCCGCUGGCGUCGCCGCGCAAGCUGGGCGAUGCUGGCAAGCCCGCUGGCGCCAAAAUGCAAGGAUUCUUCAUGUGCGAGUGCUGUCCAAAGAAGCCGAAAAAGUUCGACACGGCGGCGGAGCUUGGUGCACACGAAGCUGAGAAGCAAUACGAGUGCUCAUUCUGCGGUAACCGCUUCAAGAACAAGAACGAGGCGGAGCGGCACCAGAACAGUCUUCACGUGCGGCGUCACAGCUGGAGCUGUUCCGCUCUGAGCAGCUACGACCGCGCAUUUCACGACAGCACCAAUCGGCCUGGCGAAGCAGACAGCUGCGGCUACUGUGGCGAACAGUUCCCUCGCAGCGGACGCGGGCCGGGAGCUUCAGCGCCUCGGCACGCAACCGAUCAGAACUGGGAGGAGCGCAUUCGUCACCUGCAGGAAAUUUUUCACGGUGCAGAGGCGCAGCUGACGUGUGGGUGUGCGCGCGCUCGCGCGCUCCGUGGAACCGCUGCCCGGUGA